AGACCCCCGACGUACUACCACCCCAGCAGCGGCGCCGGCAGUUCUACAGCGUCUCUCCCCUACGCGGACGCUCCCACCUCUGCCGCCCACACCUACCCAGAAGUUGGCUACCACCUACCAGGUUCAGGCGGCCGUACAGGCUUCCCCUACCCUGGAGCUGCGGCCCCUUACCGUGGGGCUCAGCAGGGGCAUCAGGUGGACUCGUACUCUUCCUAUUAUGGGGCGCUAGAGCAGCCUGAUCCCCUCCGUGGGGCGUCGCUCCCUCACCAGUAUCCGUCGAGCGCCCAUACGGCGUCUAGGCAGCCCCAGCAGCAGCAUGCGCCGCCACUGCAUCAAGCGAGGCUCUCAGUGGACCCCGACCCCAGACCCCGGGCUGAGUCGUCAGGGUCUAGUUCUUUGUCUACGAAAGUCCCGCCCGACCCUUUGGCGGGCCAUGGGCAUGCGUCCCAAGACAAAGCAAGAGGAAAAGCUGCAGGUGGAGGAGGUGCAGGAGGUCCUCGAUACAACAACCCUAAUGCCCCCGCUACCAACACCUCAACGGCGAGCCUUCCCCUCCAGUACCCCGGCAACACGCACACCUACGGGGCACGUCUUGAGAACCCCAGCGGUGCUGCCUACGCCAGCAGGUACAAGCCUUACGAGGAUGCAGACCGUGGCAUGUCUAUGGAGGCGCAGCAAUCACUCAAUCACUCCUCAACAGCUGCUCAGUAUUACUCAUCGUCUGCCAUGAACGCGAUGCUGCAACAGCAGCAUUAUCAGCAGCACCUGCAGCAGCAGACGAAGCAGCAGCAGUCUCAGAAACAGCCUCAGGGAAGCAGAGCUACAUCCUCCAAAGAGAAGAACGCUCGCAAGGCAGAGCUCAAGUACCUGGCCACGAAAGGGUCAGAGCAGCUGUUUGCGGCACCCAAGCCUGAACGCUCUUACAAUGUCGCCCAUCCAAUCGAGGAAUCAAUGACAUAUAUAAAGCGGGUCAAAAACCCGUACGCUUCCGUCGAGUAUUUAGACUCUUUGGAGCAGAAUCCGUCGAGGAAUAUGCAGGAAUCAUUGAAGGAAGAGCAUACGUCGACCUUAACUAACGGCAGCAGAGAAUGGGGCCGCGCUGGAUUCGAGUAUAUGCCAAAAUCUUCGCCGUCUUCGAAUUCUGUUCAAUCUUCUCACGUUAGUAGAGCUCCUGACGAUGACGCACUAGACCUCUCAAUAAAGACUUUACGGAAGACUCCAGAUUCAACAGCCCCGGACUUCGACUCUGGUGGAGCCCUGAACUUGGUAACGAAACCACAAGCAACUUCGUCGAGCCAAGUUUCCAGUACGGAAACGAUGAUGCCUCAUGAGCGAGAUACCCCGCAGUACUCUACCAACCCAUUCUGCGAUGACGCGAACUACGUGGCCAAGAAGUCCUUCAAACGUUCUGCAGAGAUGCCUGAUGAAGGGGCGUAUAAAAAAUCAAGAAUAGAGGGUCCUGGGAGGCACGACCUCUCAAGAGCCCCCGACGUGACGGUGGACCCACGUAACCCUGCUCACCAAGGAUCAAAGGAACGCGCGCGCUACAAAGGUAACAGCAGACCUGCUUACGAGCAGGAUAAAGCUCACUACCAGAAUGCUUAUUUCCUCGGCUAUGGACAGUCCAUGAUAGGGGUUGCCGGGGACCCCAUGCCCGCCAAUAUGCUCGCCGAGUUCAUGAAGGUGACGGAGUCAACAGUAACUGCGGUGGAGCGUAAGCCCCGAACUGUGUACGAGUCACUGGGCGGGGAACUGAGCAUUACUUUGGCUAGUCAAUCACCAAAUGCCCGCAGCCUGAAGUCGGAGGAGAAUAAAGCUCGUUCAUCAUCCGUCAGCAUGGCAGGCUUCGCACAUGGCGGCAUGAUGGCCGUGCCUUCGCGUGUGCCCAGCAGCACGUAUGCCGCACAGCACAUGACCGCCGAGGCGGCCGCCUCCCUCAUGGCGGACGAGCGGACCAUCACUCGCUUACCCCAUCGCAGUGUGGUCAUGGCCGCCAUGGCCACCAGCUCCGCGGAUGUCGCCAUUUCUUCGUCCAGCGUGGAUAAUUUGUCCUACGGGAAGGACAGAGGCCUCGGUCCUCAACCCAACGACCAAUUCGCUUUUGCUGCCCCCGUCAGGCUGUCGCCGUUGGCGAGGCAGUCGCCACAAUCUUCAGCCCCGCAUAACCCCAGUAGAUCCCCGCAGGUCUCAAUGUCUUCCUACUCCGAAUACUCUACCCAGGGCGUUACUGGCUAUUCUAGACAAUCUCCACAAGCCCGGCAAUCCCCAUCGUACCCCAUCGGACAAUCUAGUCGAACUUCUCCUCAAACGCGUCAAUCCCCACAAAGCUCUCAUCACCCCAGACAGUCUGCACCAGCACACUCCAAGUUGCCAUCUCCCAGCUGUUAUCCCCACGAACCUCGCCCAUCUGAUCAGAUAGCAAAAUAUUCUUGUUUUCCUGACGAUCAAGAAGUAGGGAUAUCAAGGGACGCCGUGAAUACAUCCUCAACGAGCGCAUCUUCUUUGCACCCUCGCACGUCUUCUCCGUCCACAUCCCUGUCCAGGACCUCGAAACAUUUGUCCCUCCCCCCCAGUCCCCUGCUUGGUCAUGUCCCCGCCGAGCACCCAAGUCGUCCUUCCCCCCAAUCACAGGACACCUCCUUCAUCCUGCCCAGGUCAGCGCCACCUUCCUUCCGGCAGUCUCCUUACUCCUCAGAAGGAGGACGUGGUGGGGAUGUUAGUCCUCACCAUCCUUCGCCACAGCCCAUCGCUUCCGAGUCUUCGGUCCAAAUAAAUCGCAGUUUGCGCACUUCGUCAGGCCACGUGACUCUUCCUCCUCACAUCUUCCCGUCUCCUCGCGCUACGUUACCUUCAACCACAUCCACCAAUCCUAUUCUCUCAAAACCACUCCAUUCCUCUUCAAAUACGCAAGCCACACCUCCUAUCAACAGCACUCCUCACCCGACAUCUUCCCCUAAUCCUAAUGCCCAGCACGUCACAGCUACAUCAGAAGUGGAUCACCCUGACCCACUAAGGAAAUACCCGCCGAGAGAACCCCCAGAGCCGCCCCCCGGCGACCUGCCCGGACAAAUGGCGGACCAAAAUGGCGUCGGCGAGCUGCUGCUGAGGUGCAAGGAAGAGCCAUCCGAUGCCACCGAUUCUUGCAAUUCUGUUCCAUCAGAAAUAUCGAAAACAGAUUCACCUAAAACCCAGAUAAAAACGGAGACGAUUGUUACAGCUGUUGAAUGUAGCGUUGAGACGCCCUCUCACUCUGUUGAUUUUCCUGCGUCUGUUUGCGGUCGUGGCGCAGAAGGUGUCAUUCCAAACGGGAACGCCUCUGCGACCAAGACGCCGCCUUUCCAGACUCGCGACUGGGAGAACAGGAGCCUGGGCGCCUACGAGCUGGUGAAACCCAAAGUGGAAAUAGAGUAUGACUACCGGACACCAGCAAUGUCCACUUCAACAGAAAAUAGUGUCGCCUCCCACAGCAGCUUGAUGAACGCACCUGAAACAAAACCAUCAGCCGCUGAGAAAAAGAAAGGCAAAUCAAAAUUAUCACACGAAUCGCCGUCUUCUACCUCAAAGUCUGGACCUAAAAAUCCCCAAGUUAAGUCUGGGCCUGGCAAAGCUUCCCAAAAACCCGCAUCUGGGGCACCCUGGUCUCAUCAGAUGCCCCCACACGUGACACCCAAGUCCUCAAACUCAUCUUCUAAAUCCCCACGACCUGCAUCACAUUCACCCCACCCUGCUGGCCCCUUGGUCUCUUACUACCCCUACCCAGAAUAUGGGUACCCUGCGGCUCAGGAGUAUCCUCGAGGACUCUAUUUCCCUGACGCCCAUGCCAUGGGGAACAAUCCGGAGUACAACAAGGCAGAUCCUACGCGAUCCUCAGCCCCUGGAGCGGCAAAGCCGCAAAAGUCAUCGACAAGCAAGCCACCGAAGAAACCUAGUGCCGUUUCCCCUCGAGCAUCUGUCAACCCAGCAGCAUCUGUCAACCCAGCGACACCUGUCAAGAGUGAGGUGCCACAGCACUCGUACCCCUACCCCAGCUACCCUGCAGGCCCCUAUGGGCGUCACCAGUACGGAGCACCGAGAAGCCAAACAGCCCCUGGUGACUAUCACCCCCUCGGGAUGUCCGACCACGCGUUGCGUUACCCGACUUAUUCAGGGGAUCCUUCAGUCCCCCCUCACGGGUAUUCUGCAGGUCUGCGGGAAGGGCCUGAGGGCAUCGCAGAAGGAGCUUAUUAUGGCACCUAUGACCCCGCCUACCCUGGCCGCAGCUCCUCUCAACUCACCCCCCAACAGGAGGGGAAGAGCGUGGCGAAAAGUGUCGCCUCAGUUCAUCCAUCAUCAACCGAUCAUAUGUCUUCUCAUCCAUCCCCCCACAGACUUGCGCAUCCGUCGGCUUACUCAUACGCGUCACCACAUUCAGUUGUCCGUCCUGCUUAUCCUCAUCCACACGCUCCUCAUCCACCAGCUCAUGGAGAGACUCAAUCUGCAGCUCAUUCCUCUAUUCAUCCACCAGCUCGUCCCUCUGUUCAUCCCCAAGCUCAUCCAUCUUAUCAGUCGAAUCAAUCAUCUUCUCAUCGACCUUCUUCAUCCUCUCACCCUUCACCUCACCCUUCUCCUCAUCCAUCUUCUCAUCCAUCCCCUCACCCUUCAUCACAUCCACCUACACAUCCACCUACACAUCCACCU